AUGCACGCUAUCGAGCCCUUCUGGGGCCCCCAGACCUCCUACCUCAAUUUCUGUGAAGAAGACUACGUAAUCACUCGCUACGUGGCCGAGUUCAUCAACACCCUCAGCAGUCUGAUCUACUGCUCAUUUGGCCUGUUCGGGCUCUAUCAGCUCUCCCAGCGCAAGCAGGGAUCUUUCUCCCGCUGCAUCCCGUACUACGGUCUCAUUGGCGUGGGCGUCUGCUCUGCCGGGUACCAUAUGACCUUGAAGUACCAUACGCAGAUGUCCGACGAGCUUUCUAUGCACCUCUUAACAACACCGCUUCUCUACCGUAUCCUAACUUUCCAGAAGACCGAGUCGUAUACCCGCCGGGUAGGGGUCAUUCUGUCAAUUCUCUUCACGAUCGUCAUGGUCACGCAUAUGAUCAUGGACGAGUUUCUGUUGCACGCCGUCUCGUUUGGCGCCGCAGUGCUGCUAAUCACUAUCAAAACAAUCAAAACAAUCCCGCAGCAGAUCCAUGACUCUGAUAUCAGACUGAACAUCAAGAUCGUCUCGCGGUUUGGUCUUAUUUGCUUCAUCUCUGGCUACGCGCUGUGGCUGGUUGAUAACUUCUUAUGUCUGUCCUUGACUUCUGUGCGGAGUGUGCUCGGGAUGCCGCUGGCAUUCCUGUUCGAGUUCCAUGGCUGGUGGCACGUCUUGACGGGGAUUGGCGGUUAUAUCGCCGUCGCUGUGGUUGAUCUGAUCACCGCGGGCGAGGCAGGAAGGGAUCCCACGCCUGACAUGGCGUUUCCGGUGCCGCUAGCGACAAGGGCUAUCAGGGGUCUUAUUAACAGGAAGGGCGAUGGGAAUAAGAAAGGAAACUGUCCUUGA